GUUCAGCUGAUGGCGGUAAUGCACUAAGAAGCUUUCAACUACAUUUCCCAUAGUUCCACUCUGAACUUCCCGUGGAUGGGAAGCGUGCGAGUUUAUUAAUGUGGUCUAAUGUGAAUUAGUAAAAGGCAACGAGAGGCAGGUGACGUGAAGAUGCUGCGCAGGAAACCCACGCGCCUCGAGCUCAAGCUGGAUGACACGGACGAGUUUGAAAGUGUGAAAAAAGAACUAGAGAGUCGAAAGAAACAGAGGGAUGAGGUGGAUGUAGUUGGUGUAGCCACAUUCAGCGAGAUGAGUGGAGCAUCAGGUGGAGCCACAGACGGGAAAACCAGAGAGCAGAUGAUCCACGAACGAAUUGGAUACAAACCUCACCUGAAGCCUAACACAUUACCAUCACUUUUCGGGAACCUUCAGUUUUGACAAUCUGUAAACCUAAAAAUGGACUAUGAGGUCUACAUUGGUGUUUCAGUUGCGCACACACAUUAUUUUUUGAUCUUCCCUGACUUGAAAAAGGACCAAAGUCACAGGCGCUAUUGUUUUGGUAACUGUGUGUUUUAAGGUUGUUUGUGACAACCGAUUUACACAAAAGACUAUUUUUCUACAAAUUAAAUAAAGUCUUACUAAUAGAAUG